AUGAAUCUUGUGAAGAGGAAUGAAGAUAAAGGGGAAGAGACUAUUGGUGAUUUGAAACUCAGUUUAGACACUCAACUUGGAAGCAAAAGUUCUAAAGUCUUUUUGGGGAGAUUUAAAAACCGUGAUGUUGCUGCGAAACGCUCUCUUAUUAUUAAGAAGGGUUCUAGUAAUUUAGGUUGGCGACCAGUCGACAAGUCAGUUACCUAUGCAUUAGAUAUGUUCAGCUUUGGGUGUAUUCUCUUUUAUUCACUCUCCGGUGGUCUUCAUCCUUUUGGAGAUGAGAAGAAUUGUGUUAAACACAUUGCUAGUAACCAACCAAGUUUAUCGGAAAUAAAUCAUCUGCCAGAAGCUAAGCAACUCGUUAGAGGUUUGCUGAACUCUAAUCCUGAAUCACGUCCUAGUGCAUCUGAAGUGCUUAAACAUCCAAUAUUUUGGAGCACAGAUAAAAAGAUUCAAUUAAUUGUUGAGGCUAGUGACCAUUUCACUGCUGUACCAGCCUUUCUGCAAAAUCUUACAGCCACUGAAAGAAAGAUAACGACUGCAUUGGCUAAGAAAUGGGUCAGCCAGGUAGAUGGAAAUGUCUUGAAUUCAAUGAGAAGUAAGUACAGGGACAACGAUUUUGGGGAAUUGGUGCGUUUCUUCAGGAAUUGUAAAUGUCACUACUCUGAUAUCAUGAUAGAUAUAAAGGGGAGUAUAGUUUCUAUUCAGACGGUUAUGGGAGACAUGCCAGAUGGAUUUCAUAGCUAUUUUGCUUCCCAGAAUUGCUGA